AUGAGCGGCAGCCUCGUCACGCCGGGGGGCAUCUCGGAUCCCGCCCUCAUCCAGCUCGUAAAUAAGCUCCAGGAUGUGUUCGCGACAGUGGGUGUCAACAACCCCAUCGACCUCCCCCAAAUCGCCGUCGUCGGCAGUCAGUCAAGCGGCAAGAGUUCCGUGCUCGAGAAUAUUGUCGGCCGCGACUUCCUUCCCCGAGGCUCCGGUAUCGUGACACGGCGGCCCCUCGUCCUUCAGCUCAUCAACCGCCCCGCGCAGUCCAACGGCGUAAAGCAAGAUGACAUCUCCACCGCCACCGAUAAGGCCGCCAACCCUGACGAGUGGGGAGAGUUCCUCCAUAUCCCGGGUCAAAAAUACUACGACUUCACCAAGAUCCGAGAAGAGAUUGCUCGGGAGACUGAGGCCAAGGUCGGCAAGAACGCCGGCAUCUCGGCCGCCCCGAUCAACCUGCGCAUCUACUCUCCCAACGUUCUCACCCUGACCUUGGUCGACUUGCCCGGCCUGACCAAGGUCCCGGUCGGCGAUCAGCCCCGCGAUAUCGAGCGACAGAUCCGCGAGAUGGUGCUCAAGUACAUUGGCAAGUCCAACGCCAUCAUCCUGGCCGUGACGGCUGCCAACAUUGACUUGGCCAACUCGGACGGCUUGAAGCUCGCCCGCGAGGUCGACCCGGAGGGCCAGAGGACCAUCGGUGUCCUGACCAAGGUCGACCUUAUGGACGAGGGAACCGACGUCAUUGACAUCCUGUCCAACCGCGUCAUCCCCCUGCGGCUAGGAUACGUGCCCGUGGUCAACCGCGGCCAGCGGGAUAUCGACAACAAGAAGGCUAUCAACCAGGCGUUGGAAGCCGAGAAGAACUUUUUCGAGAACCACAAGGCCUACCGCAACAAAAGCUCAUACUGCGGCACUCCAUACCUGGCCCGCAAGCUGAACCUGAUUCUCAUGAUGCACAUCAAGCAGACCCUUCCCGACAUCAAGGCGCGCAUUUCAAGCUCCCUGCAAAAGUACACGAGCGAGUUGGAAAGCCUGGGGCCCUCCAUGCUUGGCAACAGUGCCAACAUUGUCCUCAACAUUAUCACCGAGUUCACCAAUGAGUGGCGCACGGUCCUCGACGGCAACAACACGGAGCUGUCGAGUACGGAACUCUCAGGUGGUGCCCGUAUCAGCUUUGUCUUCCACGAGCUUUACUCCAACGGCGUCAAGGCCAUCGAUCCCUUCGACGUUGUCAAGGAUGUCGACAUCCGCACCAUACUCUACAACUCCUCCGGAUCCUCGCCGGCACUUUUCGUCGGCACGACUGCCUUUGAGCUCAUCGUCAAGCAGCAGAUCAAGCGAAUGGAGGACCCCAGUCUGAAAUGCGUGUCACUGGUGUACGACGAACUAGUUCGGAUAUUGUCACAGCUUCUCGGGAAGCAGCUGUACCGGCGAUACCCAGGGCUGAAGGAGAAGAUGCACGGCGUGGUCAUCGCCUUCUUCAAGAAGGCCAUGGAGCCCACGAACAAGCUCGUCCGGGAUUUGGUCUCCAUGGAGGCGUGCUACAUCAACACAGGCCAUCCCGACUUCUUGAACGGUCACCGAGCCAUGGCGAUUGUCAACGAGCGCUACAACCCCACCAAGCCCGUCCAGGUCGACCCCAAGACCGGCAAGCCGCUGCCACAGUCUUCCACCCCGAACAGAGCAGCCAGCCCGACGGUGCCCGAGGUGGACGGCAACGCGAACUCGGGCUUCUUUGGCAGUUUCUUUGCCGCCAAGAACAAGAAGAAGGCCGCUGCGAUGGAGGCGCCCCCGCCAACCCUCAAGGCCUCGGGCACUCUCUCCGAGCGUGAGAACAUUGAGGUUGAAGUCAUCAAGCUUCUCAUUUCGUCGUACUACAACAUUGUUAAGCGCACCAUGAUUGACAUGGUCCCCAAGGCCAUUAUGCUCACCCUGGUUCAGUUCACCAAGGACGAGAUGCAGCGCGAGUUGCUGGAGAACAUGUAUCGGACCGACACGCUCGACGAUCUGCUCAAGGAGAGCGACUUUACCAUCCGCCGGAGGAAAGAGUGCCAGCAGAUGGUGGAGUCGCUGGGCAAGGCCAGUGAAAUUGUCAGCCAAGUCCAGUAA